AUGAACCGGAAGGGCACCCCCCAGUUUGUCCUUGAGUGGCACAAUGUUGAAAAUACCACCACCACCUCUGAGAUUCUCAAAAGAAUAGUUUCUACUCUGUCCAAGAUGGCCUCAAUGCACCAAAAAAACAAGACCAAUGGAAACAAGCUUGCCGGCCAGAUGGGCCUUAUUGGAUACUGCCCUGGCACAGGCAAAGGCAAAAAAGGUGGGUUCAACAAUUUCCUCAGCAAUUGCCUCAAGUCCCUGUCUUCCAGCGCAUACCAGGCGAAUUCAAAAGUCAUGCGCAAGAGCAAGAUCCCAAAUUGGCCUGAGGGUGACAAGGAAAACCCAAUCCAAUUUGCCUUGAAUGUCUCUGUCACUUGGGACGGCUUUUACAACAAGGACAACAAAGACAAGGCCAACCUAAACCCAUACACGUAUGUGAUCUUUUGCUACAUCAACAAGAAGACCGGUUUACCCAUUGCGCCCCGGUCAACGGAGCACGGCACGGUUUGA